ACGCCACACGCCGGGGCGUGGCCGAGAGUUUAGUACCCCGGAGUGGGGUGUCGGCGCCUCAUUCGGGUGGAGCUGAGCCGAAGACAGGCAGGCGUGAGAGGCGGCAGGGCAAGAAUGUUUCACUUAAGGACUUGUGCUGCUAAGUUGAGGCCUUUGACGGCUUCACAGACUGCGAAGACAUUGUCCCCAAACAGACCAGCAGCAGCCAGGACGUUGGGGCAGGUCCGGUGCUAUAGCGCCCCUGUGGCUGCCGAGCCCUUUCUCAGCGGGACUAGCUCCAACUAUGUGGAGGAGAUGUACUACGCUUGGUUGGAAAACCCCAAAAGUGUACACAAGUCAUGGGACAUUUUUUUCCGAAACACCAAUGCCGGAGCGCCCCCGGGUACCGCCUACCAGAGCCCGCUCCCCCUGAGCCCCGGCUCCCUGUCGGCAGUGGCCAGAGCGCAGCCCCUGGUGGGAGCCCAGCCCAACGUGGACAAGCUGGUGGAGGAUCACCUGGCGGUGCAGUCUCUCAUCAGGGCCUACCAGAUACGAGGGCAUCAUGUAGCACAGCUGGACCCCCUGGGAAUUUUGGAUGCUGAUCUGGACUCCUCCGUGCCCGCUGAUAUUAUCUCAUCCACAGACAAACUUGACCUUGCAGUUUUCAAGGAACGACUUCGAAUGCUAACCGUAGGAGGGUUCUACGGCCUGGACGAGUCUGACCUAGACAAGGUCUUCCACCUGCCCACCACCACCUUCAUCGGGGGGCAGGAGUCGGCCCUUCCUCUGCGGGAGAUCAUCCGGCGGCUGGAGAUGGCCUACUGCCAGCACAUCGGGGUGGAGUUCAUGUUCAUCAAUGACCUGGAGCAGUGCCAGUGGAUCCGGCGGAAAUUCGAGACGCCUGGGGUCAUGCAGUUCACCAGCGAGGAGAAGCGGACCCUGCUGGCCCGGCUCGUGCGGUCCACCAGGUUUGAGGAGUUCCUGCAGCGGAAGUGGUCGUCUGAGAAGCGCUUUGGUCUGGAAGGCUGCGAGGUGCUGAUCCCCGCCCUCAAGACCAUCAUCGACAAGUCAAGCGAGAACGGGGUGGACUACGUCAUCAUGGGGAUGCCCCACAGGGGGCGGCUGAACGUACUGGCCAAUGUCAUCAGGAAGGAGCUGGAGCAGAUCUUCUGCCAGUUCGACUCAAAGCUGGAGGCAGCGGAUGAGGGGUCUGGCGACGUCAAGUACCACCUGGGCAUGUACCACCGGCGGAUCAACCGUGUAACCGACAGGAACAUCACGCUGUCGCUGGUGGCUAACCCGUCCCACCUCGAGGCCGCCGACCCCGUGGUCAUGGGCAAGACCAAAGCGGAGCAGUUUUACUGCGGGGACACAGAGGGGAAGAAGGUCAUGUCCAUCCUUCUGCACGGGGACGCCGCGUUUGCCGGCCAGGGCAUCGUCUACGAGACCUUCCACCUGAGCGACCUGCCGUCCUACACAACUCACGGCACUGUCCACGUGGUCGUCAACAACCAGAUCGGCUUCACCACAGACCCGCGCAUGGCCCGCUCCUCGCCCUACCCCACAGAUGUGGCCCGAGUGGUGAAUGCCCCCAUUUUCCAUGUGAACUCAGACGACCCGGAGGCCGUCAUGUACGUGUGCAAGGUGGCCGCUGAGUGGAGGAGCACCUUCCACAAGGACGUGGUGGUGGACCUGGUGUGUUACCGGCGCAACGGCCACAACGAGAUGGAUGAGCCCAUGUUCACGCAGCCGCUCAUGUACAAGCAGAUCCGCAAGCAGAAGCCCGUGCUGCAGAAGUACGCCGAGUUGCUGGUGUCGCAGGGCGUGGUCAACCAGCCCGAGUACGAGGAGGAGAUCUCCAAGUACGACAGAAUCUGCGAGGAGGCCUUCGCCAGGUCCAAGGACGAGAAGAUCUUGCACAUCAAGCACUGGCUGGACUCCCCCUGGCCUGGCUUCUUCACGCUGGACGGGCAGCCCAGGAGCAUGUCCUGCCCUUCCACGGGCCUGACGGAGGACGUCCUGACGCACAUUGGGAACGUGGCCAGCUCUGUGCCUGUGGAGAACUUCACCAUUCACGGAGGGCUGAGCCGGAUCCUGAAGACACGCGGGGAGCUGGUGAAGAACAGAACCGUGGACUGGGCUCUGGCGGAGUACAUGGCCUUCGGCUCCCUCCUGAAGGAGGGCAUCCACAUCCGCCUGAGCGGCCAGGACGUGGAGCGGGGCACUUUCAGCCACCGCCACCACGUGCUGCACGACCAGAACGUGGACAAGAGAACCUGCAUCCCCAUGAACCACCUCUGGCCCAACCAGGCCCCCUACACCGUGUGCAACAGCUCGCUGUCCGAGUACGGGGUCCUGGGCUUUGAGCUGGGUUUUGCCAUGGCCAGUCCCAACGCCCUGGUCCUCUGGGAGGCGCAGUUUGGUGACUUUCACAACACGGCUCAGUGCAUCAUCGACCAGUUCAUCUGCCCGGGACAAGCCAAGUGGGUGCGGCAGAACGGCAUCGUGCUGCUGCUGCCCCACGGCAUGGAGGGCAUGGGCCCCGAACAUUCCUCCGCCAGGCCCGAGCGGUUCCUGCAGAUGUGCAACGACGACCCAGACGUCCUGCCGGACCUUAAAGAAGCCAACUUCGACAUAAAUCAGCUGUAUGACUGCAAUUGGGUUGUUGUCAACUGCUCCACCCCCGGCAACUUCUUCCAUGUGCUGCGUCGCCAGAUUCUCCUGCCCUUCCGGAAGCCGUUAAUCAUCUUCACCCCCAAGUCCCUGCUGCGGCACCCUGAGGCCAGAACCAGCUUCGACGAGAUGCUUCCAGGGACCCACUUCCAGAGGGUGAUCCCAGAAGACGGCCCUGCAGCCCAGAACCCAGAAAACGUCCAGAGACUGCUCUUCUGCACCGGCAAAGUGUACUACGACCUCACCCGAGAGCGCAAAGCACGAGGCAUGGCUGAGCAAGUGGCCAUCACCAGGCUCGAGCAGCUGUCGCCCUUCCCCUUCGACCUCCUGCUGCAGGAGGUGCAGAAGUACCCCAACGCCGAGCUGGCCUGGUGCCAGGAGGAGCACAAGAACCAGGGCUACUACGACUACGUGAAGCCCAGGCUGCGGACCACCAUCAGCCGCGCCAAGCCCGUGUGGUAUGCGGGCCGGGACCCAGCGGCGGCUCCGGCCACCGGCAACAAGAAGACCCACCUCACAGAGCUUCAGCGCCUCCUGGACACGGCCUUCGACCUGGACGCCUUCAAGAACUUCUCGUAGACGCAGCCCGGGCUGCGGGGGCCGCCUCCACGUCUCCACUGCCCCUCGCUUCUCAACUAAAGAAUAGUGCCUCGGCGCUGCCCGCACCUCUGCCCGCCCGCUGCACCGCACACUCCCCCUCGCUCACCUAGGCAUCAGGCUGCCGGCCCCCUCGUGUGCGUGGCCACCCCCAAGCCAGCAACUCCCCAGGCUCCGUGACUGCUGUCCAGUGGAGCAGCUUCAGGGAGGCCUUGGGGAGCCAGGGGAGAGGGAGCCCCCGCAGGUGUCCUGGGGGGUCAGAUCUGCACCCACCCCCCAGCUCACCCAGCAGGACGGGCCUCACGUGGCAUCCCCAGGUGCUGGCCGUCCUUGUCACCCAGCAGGGGGACUCCCGCACCUGGACUUGGGUGGCUUCCUCUCCCCCAUCCCAGCCCCAGACCUCUCAAAGGAGCCACCGCUGUCAGAGGCUUGGCGGGGUGGGCCGGGUUCUGGCGGGACCCCCGCGUGCAGCGAACCCUGGGCACUGCUGAGGGGCAGCUGGCGGGAGAGGGCCUGAGGCUGACCUUGCACAGAGAGGGCAGGUCCGCUCUCUGCAGAGUCCAUCUCCCCCCUCGAGGGUCCCGGGCGGUGGGGGGGGCCCCGCAGCUUCCACCCGCCUAAGGCUGGGCAGGGAGGCGGGCUGGGCUGUGCAUGGCCAGGAAGCCCCACCGGGGCUCCAGGGCCAGGGUGCCAGUCGCUGGUCAGGUCCUGCUCUCCCUUCACCUCCAGCUCCGCCUCCUUUCCUCUUUCCCUCUCACACGAAGGAGACUGAAGCAUUCUUCUCUCUGCUGUGCCAAAGCUGGUCAGAAGGGGGAGAGGAAGGGCAGGAGUGAGGGGCAGCGCUGGGCCAAGGGGCCAGCCCCCCCUGACCCGUCACAGGGACAAAUCUGAUUUAUUUAUUUUGGUUAAAAAAAAAAUAAUAGAAACAACUUGGCAUUGCAUUUGGCUUGACCCAUAAACUAAGUUAUCCUUGG